CCUAAUGACAACCAAGUUUCCUUCUUUGACAAGGACAAGGAAACAAGGGACUUGGAGGACAAGGAAUUAAUUAUUUUUAACUAAAUAAUUAAUAUCCUCAACAUGUUUGGGCUUGGCCUUGCUUGAUUAGAUUUAAGAUUCGUCAUGACUUCGGUUUUUAGUUUUGCAUGUAUAAUCUCUUGGUGCAUUUGGCUGGGCAAAAUGAAUUUUUAACGAUUCAGAUAUUGAUAUGACUAGUCUUGUGUAUAUGUUUACCACUAAAAUUAACUUUGUACCACAUCGGUUAAAAACAAGAAAUUAAAUGGCUUUAGAAGGUCAACUUAAUUAUAACAAUUAAAAUCAAUUAAGAUGGGCCAUGUGGAUUGGAUUUUUUGGCCCAUGGCACCCAUGCCAAAGUCACUCUAGGCGCCACUCUUGUCAUCUAUUUAAAAAUUUGGCUAAGUGUUGGAGCCAUCCCCCAAGACGUGGCAAGCAGGGAUGGCAAAAAUAUCCGCAACCGUGGAUAUUCGCCCGAACCCGGCCUAAUCGGGUAGGGUAAAACCCGAACCCUAAGAACAUUUAGUGGGUACGGGUAAAACCCGAACCCGAAUAUUGCGGGUAAUGGGUGGGCAUGGGUUUCUCACUAUCCAACCCGAAUCCGCCUGAUUAUACACAUACAUAUGUAUUUUGUCUAGAAAUAAUCAUUAUUUUUCUCUAACAUAUUUUAUAUUUAGCAUAUAAAUAUAAUAUUUUCAUGAAAUUGGGUUGUUUUAAUUAAUUUUCUUCAUUCUAGUGAAUUAUUGUCAUACUUUUCCUCUUACGUAAUGUGAGAAUACGUGUGAAUGUUAACAUAUUGGUUGCAGUUAUGAAGAGAAAUCAUUACCCGGCUAUGGGCAUGGUUUUAAAUUUCUACCCAUUUCACAUGUGGGUAUGGAUAUGGGUAAAACUCGAACUACUUUGGGUAGGGUAACGAAUAUUCACUAUCCGUACCCGACCCGACCCAUUGCCAUCCCUAGUGGCAAGGGGGUGGAUACAAUAUCGCCAGCCCCGAGACGUGGUGAUGGGGAUGGAGGCCCGGUAAAAUUUGGCUAAGUAUGAAAGAUGAUGGAGGUGGUCUGGGCCCCCCCAUGGUAUGAUCAAGGGGAUCAACAGGUCACCAACGUCAAUAAUGGCCAGGGAUGGUCAUCAUCAUACCCCCAUGGUAUGAUAAGGGGGUCAUUUUGGGUGAAAUUUGAAUUAAGUCUGGAACCAACAAGAGGUGGGGAUCAACAUAUUCCCCCAUGAGGUGGUCAGGGGGGUCACACAAGAUACCACCCCAUGGUGUGGUCAGGGGUAUGGGGCACUCGUAAAUGGUGAAGUAUUUUUGUCAUGUUUGAUUCAUGUGAUUCGAGUACCCACCCAUAUGUGGCACGUGGUCUGCAUUCAUGCCUUACCCAUUUUUUCUUUAUAGAAAAGUGAAGCUAUGAAGGAGAUACCAAGAGCAGGGAGUAAGGUCUCAAGAGGAGGGGGUCAAGACCAAAGAAGGUGGCACAUCCAACAUCAGGGUAACCGUCAUAGCAGUUGAGAGGGUAACCGUCACUCCACAUCAGCGGAGCAAUUUCUUAAAGCAGUUACUUCUCGUGACUAUAAAUAGGAGGUGAAGAUGACAGAGAAAGGGUUCGCCAAAAUCACACCAGACAACCUAUUGUCAACUUUUAUCUUUAUCUUUACCUUUUCCUCUGCAAAUGUAGUCAUAGCCAUAGUCGUAGAUCUGGAGCUCUCAUUGAACCCCCAUAGGAGUAGUGGUAAUUUAACUUAGCUUUGUCUCGUAGAUCAUCAAAAACAUCGAACACCCUUGUUUGAACUUUGUUCAAAGAGGUGUGAACUGUGUUUGUCAAUCGUUGGUAAGAAGUCAAAAAGUGCAAAAAUCAAUUCUCUGUUCAUCUAGAUUUUCUCGUCGGGAAAACAAAUUGACACACCUGGUGGGACACGUGUGUUCGAUUUGAUGGCUCCGAGGCGGAGGAAUCAAGAAGGUGACACUCUGGCUGGUUUUGUGGAGGAGCAGGUGGACAACAUUGAACAUGGCCAAGUGUGAGAGGCGGUGUCCGGAAACAAUGGUGGGGCAGAGGGGGUCCUUCAUCAAAUGAUGGAGGAGAACCGCAAGCUGGUGGCAGAGAACCGUCAAGCCACAGACAAGAACCGCCAAAUGAUGGUAGAGAACCGUAGCAUGAUGGAGGAGGCUAGAGCUGCUUCUCAUCAGGUAAAUUCUCAAAUGGACUAUCUUAAUUCUUAAGCUGAUAGACGUCUAAGUCAAUUAUUUGAAGUGGUCAAUAAGAACAAAAGUGAUUUUGAUGAGUUUAGAAGGUUUUUAACCACACCAAUAAUCCAAUCUAGAGCUCUGCCAUUAGAUGGCGGGAAUUCAAACCCCAAUAGCAAUUCUGAAAAUUUUAGUUCAUCUCCGCUCGGCAGCGAAAAUGGUCAACCCCGGCAAGAUAACUUCUCGUUGCCGAUGACAAACAAACCAACCCCUCACCGCAUGGAUCGCGAUGAGAUUCCCGCCACUACUCAGGUGGAGGGGGUACCCAAUGUGGGAGUUGGAGAAAUUCCCCCACGUGGUGAAAAUUUGGGAGUCACGCAUUCUGCUCCAGUGGAACCGCCACACAUACCCAUACCAGUUGCAAGGCCCUAUACGGUGCCUGCUCACUUGGGAGGGGAAGUAGGGUUAGGUGGGGGUGAUCAAAUUCCUCCAAGGGUGUACCCAACACCUGUGUCAUCCCAUCUUAAUGGGCAUGGCAUGGACCCCAUGGGAUUUGUCCCCCAUGGGGGGCAACAAGGGGGGCAUUGAUCCAAAUACUCUAAGGGAUCAGGUGGCUCAACUUCUCGCAGAGCAAUUUGGCAUGGGAGUGAGACCCACCAUGCCUCCUGUCUAUCGAAAGCUCUAUCCUGAGUGGGUGGAUAGACUAUACCCAUUCCCAAGGGGGUUUAGGGUGCCCGAGUUUGUCACGUUCACUGGAACAGGAGACCAGUCUACUGUGGAGCACAUUGGACGCUUCACUGUUCAGUGUGGGGACGUAGGAGAUUUUAUUAGGUUAAGAGUAUUUGGCAAGUCACUGACAGGACCUGCUUUUGCUUGGUAUGUCAACUUGCCAUCUAACUCUGUUCACACGUGGCAACAAAUGAAGAAAAUCUUCCAUGCUCAGUUUUAUAGAUCUGAGCGUGAGGUUUCUAUGGCUGACUUGGCAUGAAUGCGCCAAGAUCCAAGGGAGCCGGUGGAGCAGUUCUUAACAAAUUUCAAGAAUGCUCGUAACCGUUGUUUUGUCAAAUUAACAGAGAGAGAGUUUGUCAAGUUAGCACAAGGGGGUUGAGUUUUGAGUUAAGGAAGAAAUUCCAAGAUAGGGAAUUCUCAUACUUGUUCCAACUCAUGUCUUGUGAGGUGAGAUAUGAAUCUCUUCUUCAAGAAAAGGAAAAUAGGAGGAGUGCCUCAAGGGGAUAAUACUUCCCCAACAUUGGCUACCCUGUUGAUCAUAUUGGCCAAGAGGCCAAUGAGGUGGAGGUAGACCUGGCUGAGUUAAUUUCAAGGAAGUCAUAUGUAUGUGCUUCUUUGGCUAAGAUGGAUAAUGAACCACAAGGGGGUAGACCAAAUCGUGCCCCCAUCUAGCCACGAAAGUACUCUUUCGAUAUCUCCAAAGCUGACUUGAUUUUUGACCAACUCUACAAAGAUGGUCAAAUCAAGUUGACAGGGGGGCAUAACAUCCCACCCCCUGAGAAGUUAAAAAGGAAAAAAUAUUGUAAGUGACA